AUGGCAUCCAUCGCCGGGAUUAAACCGAUGGCCAAGAGAAAUCAAACCUCACCUAAGCCUCCUCCCCCUCACACAUCUCAAACCCGUCUAAAAUCCAAAUCCAUCGCAACCAAAAUCCCUCCGCCUCCACCGCUCGCCUUCGUUGUUGGUUCUCCAGAGCUCCAGACGCCUUUACCUGCAUCUCCGCAAGUUUCUAACUAA